AUGGUCCGCGAGUCCCAAAAAAGGAAGCAACGAAAAAGGGGUCCAUGGGCCCAAGUAACCGAGCACGAAUCGGAUCUCCCAGAUCAACGAUGCCCAGAUACGUUGCCCACAACGACAUGGGGACGCAUCAGUUCAUUUCCCCCCAUCCCAGGUGCCGAACUGCGAAAUAUCCCCACCAUCGACCGUGCCAAGGCCGUGGAAAAAGUCUGCUCUUUGGACCCCGUCAUUUUGGCACAGUGUGGCAGUUGCAAAAGAUGGUCUGAUUUGGACCCUGUCCCUCUUGCCUGGGGCUCGUGCAUGCCAAGCCUGCACACUGACGUCAGCCAAGCGCCUAGCGCGCCAAUGUUCUUCUCCACACUUUCCAGAUCGCCAAUUGUACACUAUCGCACCCCAGUCCUUCCUGCAGGGUCUCCCUUCGGUGCUACUGCGUUUGCAUUUUCCCAGUUUCCGGCUCCUUCAAGCAACGAACGCUCCUGCGUAUCAAUUACAUACACACAGUGUCGCGUAACCGCCUAUUGCAUGCACGACGGAACCUUCCAGAGGGCAAACUCUCCAUCUCGUGUUGGUUCCACUGUACCCACCCGUGUCCUUCCUGUUUCUGCAUGUGUUCCAUUGAGUGAGCCAUUCCUGUUCCUCGCACGGCAGCCCCAUUCCGAUUCGGGAAUAAGGCCGGAGAAGCGCGCGCGGCCGGGCAACGCCUCGAGGUUCAACACGCACACAUCCACUGGAACGGAGACACGCGAGAGGCAGCACCGAAUGCCCGACCCGGACAACGCCGGCACACGGCUGUCGAGCCACACCAUGAAGCUCGCCGCCGGUUGA